CUCGACACACUGACACUUGUUGGGGAUACAUGUGUGCCUGUGUGUUGUUCAGUCUACCGACUUACCGGUUUAAUGAAGUGGUGGCAUCUCUGACCUAGUUUGGUGCUGUUAACUUUCCAUUAAGGUCAUUGGUGGAUAAGGAAGGAAAGACACUGUAAACCCAAACACCAGAAGGAGUGACCCAACAGUCUUAAACCACUCACCUGGGCUGCAGGCGUCCACACACUCCACCUGAUCUGACUAGGUGUGCCAUCUGAGAGGCAGAAGAUUUCCCUCUGAACCCAGAAGAAGACGCUAAAGCUGUGAGCCAAGUGAUUGACAGGACCGAUAGACAUGGGGAAGCAGAACAGCAAGCUCCGUCCUGAGGUGAUGCAGGACCUGCUGGAGAGCACCGACUUCACCGAGCACGAGAUCCAGGAGUGGUACAAGGGCUUUCUUAGGGACUGCCCGAGCGGGAACCUCUCCAUGGAGGAGUUCAAGAAGAUCUACGGUAACUUCUUUCCCUACGGAGAUGCUUCAAAGUUCGCCGAGCACGUCUUCCGCACAUUUGAUGCUAACGGUGAUGGGACAAUAGACUUCCGGGAGUUUAUCAUUGCACUAAGUGUGACGUCACGCGGGAAGCUGGAGCAGAAAUUGAAAUGGGCCUUCAGUAUGUAUGACCUGGAUGGAAAUGGGUACAUCAGUAAAGCUGAGAUGCUGGAGAUUGUACAGGCAAUCUAUAAGAUGGUGUCCUCCGUGAUGAAGAUGCCUGAGGACGAGUCGACACCUGAGAAGAGGACAGAGAAGAUCUUCAGGCAGAUGGACACCAACAGAGACGGUAAGCUGUCCCUGGAGGAGUUCAUCAAAGGAGCGAAGAGCGACCCCUCCAUCGUCCGCCUGUUGCAGUGCGACCCCAGCAGUGCUGGACAGUUUUAAACCUGAGGCAUCAACACAACUUUGCUUCUUUGGGUGACUCUUAACGCCCUUAACUCUCCACUAUGGAGCAGACUGAUGAUGAAGAAUGACAAGCUGAUGACGAUGAAGAAGACAGGCCUUCAAUAUGCACUGAGGACUUCAAAGAUGGGCACAGGAGCCACAUUCUCCAGUUUAUAUAAACCUUCCAAACCCCUGCAGAGACUCAACCUGAAGACUUUCCCAAACCUUCAUCAGGUUAUCCAACUCCACCGAUUGUGUAAUUGACCGGGAUCCCUCAGUCCUCCUAUAAGCAUGUCAGAGUGUAAAGAAAUGUCUACCGUAGGUUGUAUAUACAGUUAUAAACUGGAGUCUCUGUAUCAGUGUCUUUGCUUGGCUCUCUCUCAAGGCUUCAGCCGGGGUGACACAGAGCCUCUAUCACUCUAAUGUGUAUCAUAGACAGAGUGUGUGCAUGAGACAACGAGAGAGAGAGAGAGAAAGA